AUGGCUGAAACGAAUCUAAGUGAAAUAAAGAUCGACCUCAGUUCAUUUUCUUCGCGUAGUAAAGAUGACAUGUUGAGACAAGAGACGAAUGAGGGUGAAGAGAAUGAGAACAACCAGUUGCAUCAAAGUGAAAUAAAGAUCGACCAGAUUUCACUUGCUCUGGAGAGUGGGGAUGACCCCUUGAGAGGAACGGCAAACGAGGGAGAUGAGAAGGAAAACAACCAACUGCAAGGGGAAAUGGUCCAGGAGGUUCCAAGAGCUGAAACACAAGAAAGCAGUAAUUCCAUCAAGGUUGAAAGUUCACUUCCUUCGUGGCUUAGCAAAACCGAGGAAGAGAUCAUAGAGCCGAUAAAUAACCAACCCGUAAUGCCGAAGAUUCCUAGGGUUCCAAGAAAGGUUCUUGAAGAAAGAACCACGAAGUUCUACCAUCCCUUGGCAGUCUCGAUUGGUCCUUGUCACUAUUUUGAUCGUAAGAAGAAGCUUGCACAGGUAGAGAAACUCAAGUCUCUAAUGAUGCAACAGUUUGUACAUGAGAGUAAAAUGACGAAAGAAGGUUACCGCCAAGUAGAAAAGGUGGCUUUAGACGCAAGGAGAUUUUACUCUAAGACAACAACAAAAAAAUUCAGUGAUGAGGAUUUCACCAAGAUGAUGAUCAUUGAUGGUUGCUUCAUUCUCCAAUUCAUUCACUGUCUUAAGAGCGAAUAUGAAAAGUUGGAGAUGACUGAUCAACAAAUUAUUCAUGUGAAACGAGACUUGUUAUUAUUGGAGAACCAACUCCCUCUUUCAGUCCUGGAGUCAUUGAUGAGAUUGAGGUACGAAACAGAGGAUGAGGGAAAACAAAUCAUCGAUUAUUUUCUCUCUCUGCAUGUUCGCCAACCAGUUGAACAAAUUCCAAAGUGGGUCUGGAUAAUCUUGACUCCAGUACAGUUGGUUAUGACCCCGAUCAUAGUGCUGUUGUUAGUACCUUUAGUAGUUCCUUUAUGUUGUAUAAUUUGUUGUUGUUGUCGUGGUGCAUUCAAGAACCUUCUACAGGAUAUAGAUCAGGCACCACCACCACCAAGAGCAGAUUUAGAUCGGUCAGCAUCUCCUUUAAAUCGGUCUACACCAUCCGAAGAGAAAAAGGAAGCCACAGGAGAUGAUGAAAAGCCUGCCCAUCUUCUUGGACUUCUGUAUUCCAAAUUCAUGAGUUCUCAAGAAGGAAAGAGAACCAAGCGCCCUCAUGGAAGCCGAGGCCAUUACUUGUUUUAUUCUGCCAAGAAUCUUAAGAAGGUGGGGAUUCGAUUUCGUCCGAGCGAGACGGGUGCUUUGACGGAUGUCAAAUUCAAUCCAUCCUAUUUCUCUGGAACAUUGAAACUUCCUCCAGUUACCAUAGAUGCAUCAACCAAGUCCAUUCUCUUAAACUUGGUGGCCUAUGAGACAUGUACUGCUGCUUGUCAACUUUGGGUCACUUCAUAUAUAUGCUUCAUGAAUUCGUUGAUUGAGGACGCUGAAGAUGUGGAGGAGUUGCGAUCUAAGGGCAUACUGUUUAAUUAUCUCGGAUCAGAUCAGCAGGUAGCAGAUCUUUUCAAUAAUAUGAGCUAUUCCAUGAAGCCUGAUGCUGCUGCUUACAAUGAUAUUAAAAGGGACAUUAAUAAGCAAUGUGAGAGCAUCAUCAAGAGAUGGGUUUCUGAGUGGAAGAGAACUUAUUUUAGGAGUCCCUGGACCGUUAUUACAGUUCUUGCUGCAUCUCUUGGGUUGGGACUAACUGCUGCUCAGACCUAUUAUGCAAUACCCUGA